UUUCCCUACCUUCUGAGCUAUUUUCUCUUCCUCUCCUCUUCUUCUUCUCCCUUUUUGUUUCACAAGUCACGCCAUUUUUGCUUCUAUCUUGCUCUUCAAUUUUAUUUUCAACUUCUAUAUCAUGGUUGAGAGGGUCAGAUAGUGAGAGAUGAUAGAGAGACAAAGAGCUACAAGUGCAAAAAUGUGAUACUGAUGAGAGAAUGAGAAGGAUUUUUGGUGAUCUAGUGAAAAAGAUGCCGAUCAAGUUCAGAAAGGGAAAAUAAGAAGCCAAAAUUCAUACCGGCCGGAAAAUGAAUUUCGGCCGAAAUUGGCCGGAAUUGACCGGAACGGGCCGAAAUGGGGCGAAAUUUAAUCCGAGGUGGAAUGGAGGGUAUUCCGUUUUACACACCGGUACGAUAUAUUCCGGCCGGAACGGAACGGAAUCCAUAACAUUAAAUUGGCAGCGUCUACCAAAGCUUCUAUAGGUGAAAGAAAAUUUGCAAGUAUCUUGGUCAAUGGUGUUUUGUUGGAUGGAAUUGGGUGAUUGGCUGUCAUACAGGUUCUUCAAAUCUACCAGUCAUGAGUAAAUCUUCUUUAAGUUCAGGCAUCUUUCUUAAGUACAAGUCAAUUUGGAAUUUAACUUGAUGAUAAUUGGGAUUUGUUUUGAUUCUUCUGGGGCAAAAGGAGAUGAUACUUUUAGUCUGUGCACCAUGGUGUGCAAAUGGACAUAUCUUGGUCUGGGAUAUAUGCAGAAAGUCAAUGAAAAAGAUUCCUGAGAUAUGGAAGCUUGUGGAUGGGAGUUCAGGACAGCUUAACAUGUAGCAUAUAUGAAAUAUAAUUAUUUUCUUGAAUGGGUCUUCUUUCUUGAUUUUUAAAAACUUAUACGUAAAUUUUGAGUGUAGUAAUUAAUAGCAAUAAUCUUUUAUUGCCUGGUCGUUAUAAAAAAUUUUAAUUUUAAAUUUUAAAUUUCAAUUUUAAUUAUUUAUUCUACCCUUUGCAUUUUCUGCUGCAGUUUGUGACUUGGUAAUGAAUAGUGUCAACAGGACUGUGUAGCUUUUCCUGACCAUCUUUUGGGUUCUGGUCUUACUCCAGCUGCCGUGAAGGCAAGAAAUUUUGUACUGAAGAUUUCACAUUGAUUUACAGUGGCAUGACUUGAGGUCCAUUAGCAAAAAAACAUGUUUAUUUAGUUGCAAGAAAAUAUGAGUCACACUAUUUUCCUGGCCUUUGGUGGGUGAUUUAACUUGAUACUAGUAUUCACACCUAUUUGUAGCUAAUUUCAUAUGUAUAUAAGUGAUUUAAAUUUCCAGGAACUGGGUCUUGUAGCAGGAAUUCAUUUUGAAACUUCACUGAUUGAUGCUCAUGCUGGUGGCGUGGGGGUAAUGGAAAGUGUGCCACAUUUGGAUUCUGAAGCUAGAGAGUGUGAUAUGGAAGCUAUAUGCUACCACAUGGUGUUAGUCUGUGGAACUUCUACCUGCCAUAUGGCCAUAUCAAGGAGCAAGUUAUUCAUUCCAGGGGUCAGGGUACCGUUCUGGUCUGGUUGCCUUAUAAUUGUUCCACCAGGGAACAAGUUUGUGCUUUUGGGUGCUGCCAUUCUGGGAUCUCAGUGCAGUUUCUGCAAGGAAGUUUUAAAGUCUGAAUGAGGUCAUGAGGGCCAUGAAUGCAGCUGGUCAGGUAUACAAAAUGGUUCUUUUACUAUCAUUUUUACUCUUUAAUUCAAUCCUAUUUCUUUAAAUUCAAGAUGAGGUGAGAAAGGUGUUCAAACUCGGCAAGGGACUUGAAUGUAGUUCUGGAGUAAAACCUUCCUCAUGGUAUGCUAUUCCAUAUAGAUGGAAUCUUCAUUGUGUUUGGUCUUGAUUUGGAAGCAGGACCUCAAAAGGUUUUGAUAUGUCAAACUUGCACAAAUAGCAUGGUAUCAUCUCAGAUAUUAUAUUUACAAUGCUUUGUUUAGCGAGACUGCAUAUGAGGCCUAGGCUUAUAUUUUCUCCAAGAUUGACCUUGGUGUAAAUCACUUCCUUUUUUCUUUUGUGAGUUUUGGGGAUAUUCCCAUUAUUUUUUA